CCAGGACGCUCUUAAUCGCCGUUGCGACUUGGACCCCUUCCCUUUCGCAGCUCGCCUCGCCCACUUCAAUUGUCCAGCACCUCUAGUCCUCUCCUGGUUCUGAUUGCCGUCUCCAAUUCUCCACCACUCGACCUCCCACCGAUCUUUCUCCCCCGUGUUGCGCUCCAUCUUCUCGUCCAGUCUCUGCGAGUUCUUGCGAGUUGCGAGUCAACUCAGACUCUGUGGGUUGCUGCGCUGACUCGGAGGAGGUAAGCGGCGGGAAGGAGGAGCGCCUAGCCGCUGGCGAUGGAAGAGGUGGACGGUGGAGAGGGCCAGUUGCAGGGGAUUAACCCGGACUGCCCCAACGCCGCCAGCCCCUUCCACCGCUGCGCCGAAUACUGCCCCGUGCCCGCCCCACGAACCGCGGCCAAGUCGCCUCCGCCUCGGUCGCCGCCGGGCCACGCGGCGCAGAACGGGACCGCGCACAGCGAAGGCGUGGAACAGGAAAUUGUUGCUGUCGCUGACUCGGAGGAGGUAGGCGAGAGGAUCGCUGACUCUGAGGAGGUAGGCGGAAGGAGGAGGAGCCCCCGGCCGCCGACGCGGGGCGAGGAGGCCGGAGGAGGGGAGCGGUGGCAAGGGGUUAACCCGGACUGCCCCAACGCCGCGAACCCGUUCCACCGCUGCGCCGAGUACUGCCCCGUCCCCGUCCCCAGAGGCGCGUCCAAGCUGCCGCCGCCGGGCCACGCGGCGCUGAACAGGUACGCGCACAGCGACCCUGGUGACCUGCAUCCCAGGCCGCGCCGCCGCGACAAGGGCGGCGGCUCCGGGGGGCUCCCCCUCUACGUCUUCCUUCGCGAAGGUUCCAAUGGAGACGGCAAGAAGGUGGACCCCCGGUGCCCCAACGCGCCCAACCCGUUCCACGUCUGCACCGACCACUGCCUCGCCAAGAUGGCCGAGGCCGGCCGGUCGUCGGAGGGCGGCAAGUCGCCCAUAUCCCUCUUCUCCCGCCACUCUCGCCGCUCCUCGUCCUCCUCCGAAGAGGGUAGCGUGAAGUCGACGGGCAGCAAGAAGGUGGAUCCAAAGUGUCCGAAUGCUGCCAAUCCGUUCCAUGAAUGCGGCGAGUAUUGUGCCGCCAAGAUGCAACAGGUGGAACAGCAGAAGGGGACUAAUAUGAAGUCCCCGCGCAAGAAAGGAAAGGAUGUUGCACUGGUUCCAAACUGGAAGGUGGAUCCGAGGUGCCCAAACGCGUCCAAUCCAUUCCAUAUAUGCGCCCAGUAUUGCUUUGAUCAUUUGAAUGGAACGACGCAGACAAAUGCAAUCAAGUCAGACAAGAAAAAAAGCAAGGCUGUUUCAAAAGAAGAGCAGAGAGGAGAAAUAAAUCCUGAGUGCGUUAACGCGUCCAACCCCUACCACAAGUGUGGUGAAUACUGUAAGAGAAAGGGUGAUAGGUAGAUGAGGAAGUCUGGCGACAUAAGGUUUCUCUGGAAGAUCCAUGAUGGUGAAAAAUAAGCGAUUCCAGCAAAAAUAUACUUCCAAGUUGCAGUAGAAGCUGUGCUUCUGUCGGCUCCAUUUUGUAGUGUGGCUGCAGCUGUCUUAACCUUUGCAGUGUGCUCCUGCGUACUCCUUCCAAUAUAUAUUAUUUCAUUUUGUCAUUUAUACCCUAUAAUAGUGUCACAUAUAUAGCCCCCAUGUAAUGUGUUUCCUGAAGGCUGUACAAAUAGAAGCACCCCAGUUGUUCUUUUGUAAGAUAGUAUUUUCGAGCUCAGGUAUCUUCGAGCUCAGGGUUUGGUGUAUGUUCUCACAAUUUGCUUUCUUCAUUAAAUUUUUAGAAGAAAACGAGGAGUUCGUGCUGAUGUUUGUUAACAAGUCGCGCGUGUAAACCAAGAUUUGUGGCCAUUAAUUUUCCCCUCCAUUUUGUCA